CUUUUGAUUGGCUGCCUCAUACACGUUGUGGAAGAAACCAGGAAGAGAAUCAACUACACAUUGUUACAUGGAGCAGGGCAAUGACAUGAAGAGUCCCGGUCAGUGCACACAGAGGACCAUCUCAUUGCAAAGUCCCCUGGGAAAGAUCCAAGUCAGCGGAUGUGAAAAUGGUGUGCACACCAUCCAGAUCCUAAUGGAUGUUCCACCUGCAGAAAGGAGUGACGAUGCCUCCCUAAGCUGUGUGGUCACUGUUAGCGAUGGCCAAGAGGAAAUGGGCUCAGAGUUGCAGCGCUGCGUGGAAUGGCUUCGGGCCUACUUCAGCAAGCCGUGGACCGUGGGGAGGCUCCCGCUCCCGGUCUUUCACCACCCCACCCUGCAUGGAGAUGCAUUCACCAGCCGGGUUCUGCAGACUCUGGUGCGGGACGUGAAGCUGGGAGAGACGGUGUCGUACAAGCGGCUGGCUGAUAUGGCAGGAAACCCCAGGGCUGUGAGAGCUGUGGGAGGGGCCAUGAGGAGGAACCCGAUGCCUCUUCUCAUCCCCUGCCACCGCGUCAUCUCCAGCAGUGGUCAGAGUGGGAUGUACAUGGGCGGCAAAGGUAACCAUCUGAAACAAUGGCUGCUCACCCACGAGAAGGUCAAAGGGGAAAACUGAAGAACAAUGGAGUGAUAUAGUAAGACCAGUGUGGGAUAUUUUUUACAAAGCAGGGUUGAAGUGUUGUCCAGACAACUUGUAUAACCAUUCUGAAAUCACUGUACUUCCUGAAACAGUUAAGAGCUUUCUUUGUGUUAUAUGAAUGAACACCAACUAUUAUUUCUGACUGUUUAUCACAGUAAGCAAGCUAACUCCUUUAUCCUGCUUUGUGAAAUACAACAGUAAGCAAGAUGCGAUGUCAACAAUUAACCACAGCUGAGGAAACCUGCACAUAGUUGCAAGACGUGCACAUGGGGCGGCUUCACAAGUGAAAUGUGUGUCAGCUGUGCCUUAUUUUGAAAAUGCUGUCUAUAACCCAAGGGAGAGCUUUCAUGUUUUUGUUUUUCAAUUUGCUUCUGUUCUGCUUUGUCCUACUGUCCAAUCUGUGUUCUAAUUUAAUUCAUGUGAAAGAAUAAAGUGUAGGUUUAAAGGAGUGGAGGUGUUGGGAGGGUUAGUGUAGAGGGCACAGUCUACCCCCCUAGUUGGUCCUCAGUUUUAGAACGGCGGUAACAACGCUCUCUACAGUCCAGCAGUACAGUGAAAUAGAUUCUAACUAUACUGCAGCGGGACAAGAUAAGACAAUCACCAGUAGACACCCAUAAAUAACAACUAUGUUUAUGCCAAUACUACUGCUCUUCUGUUCUACUAAUCAUACUGUAUAGUUAAUGUUGAUCUGAAAUUAAAGGCACUAAAAUAACUUUAACAUUGAACAGUAGGAAUUACAAGCAUAUGUUCCCAUGGGUGCCAGUUUGUGUUGCCAGUUAUUGUUGGAAUGGUUUCUCUAAAUAAUUAUUUAUCCAAAAUAUGUCACUUGAAUCGUUUUCCUUCCUAUGCUAAAUCACUCUUUGUACCUUUCGUUGGUUAUUGUAUUUCCUGCCAAGCGAAUGCUUUGUUCAACAUCCAGGAAAAAUGCUCGAAAUUGUGUUUUGAGUCAUUAGUUUUUCUUCAUUAAGAUUCACCUACAACGAUAGUGUUGAAAAUUAUUUAUAUUUUUCAGAAAUACAUUUAAAGUUUCAAAAGCUUCAUUUUGCAUAACCAGUCACUUAAUUAUUUUAAAUGUUGUAGUUAUACCAGAAUAAACUGUAGAUAUAGUUUGCAAUAGAUGUGUUAUUGUGUGCAGUUAGCCAUCUCAAAUAUGGCUGAAAUUUGAAGCACCAUUGAAAAUAAUAUAAGUGCUUCUUUCUUUAUAAAAAAAUAUGCUUUCCAAUAGAGGGCAGUGUAGAACGGGAAACAGGCAUAAACAUUCAGCUUUCAAUUCUUCAGGCACAUUUCAUCUGUAAGUUGAACAAUGGGAUCAAUUUCCAAUUUAAUGCCAUUGAGAGAAAUUAUAUAUUUUUUCUGAGAGCGAGGUAUAUGAAGGCAGCCUGGUAAAGAGUGCAUGAACAUUUUUCUGUGAGGAUUAGAUUGACAGUCAUUUUAAUCUAUGCAAUAUUAUAUAAUUUCUGCUAUUCUAUUUUUGCAAACCAGUAUCUCACCGACUUUUACUGAUUCAUCCAUUUCUACUUAACUGUGGUACAUUUUGAAGCAUCUUUGAAUGCAUCUCUGCCGUACUGUUGGACUCACAGCACUCUGCCAUCAGAGCACAAUUCCAGCCUCGAUGUUGAAGCAGGCAGACUGCUGUAGACUGGCAGAUGAAGAAUGAGUUUCAGUGUGUGGUUUCACACAGGGCUAAUGAUGCCUGUGGUGGCUACAGGCUACAGUCAGCCCGUAACCAAGGCUGCUGUGACAGAGCCACCAGGGGAUCAUAUUUAAAAGGAGCACACUCUGAAGUGCACUGUAAGCGCCCUCUUUUCUUGUGGCUAAGUCAAGUCUAUGUAAUAGGCUACACUACACAACAGAGGGGAGUAAAAGGUCAACGAUAUGUUAUAUGUAUUAAGUCAGAGAUACAGGCCAACCGAUUAGCAGAUGUGCGAGUAGUUUGGCCGUUACAGUUCAGGGAUCAGAGAAAAAUGCGGUAUGCACUUUGAUAACUUAUAUUAGUAUCAUGCAUGUGCUAGUACUCUGUUUUAAUAUCAUCCUGGCCAUGUGAUUCAAUGGAAUUAUAAUGGAAUUAUGGACACCAUUAAAAGCGGUUGAGACUACUA